ACUUCACUCUUUCUCCUCCUCAUGUUUCGCCAUCAUCCACGGCCAUAGAUUUCGCCACUAAACCCUGUUUGCUCCAUUACUAGUAAGAAAACACAUCUACCUUUUUCUUUUCAAUAUUCUCAACGUUUUCUGUUUCUUCUUCAUCACCAAGAACACAAUCUGGGUUCUAAAUUUGAAGAUUCCAUUUGUACGCAAACACAAUCUAUCUGUUUGGGUUAACUUCCCAUUUUCGGAAAUGGGUUUCUUGAAGACGGUCAGUUUCGCAGCUUCCCCUGUUCUUCGGUUAUAGCUUCAUUUGAUCCAAGAACGACAUAUAAACAUUUUACAUAAUCUGGGGAACGCUUGAAGAGCAUUAAAAGCUGGAAAAAUGGAUGAAAAACAGCUCGAUUUGAAUGCGCCUCUACUCUCAGUUAGACGAUUAUCAACAACCUCUUCGAAAUUAGAAGGAUUAUCGAACAAUUCCAGUAGAAGAUCAAGGCCAACAAGACAACAGUCCCUUCCAGUUCCUAAAUCUCAGUGGGAACCCGAACCAGAAGACACAAAACCAGCAGCAAUUCCGUUCAACUGGGAACAAAUCCCCGGAAAAGCAAAUACCCAAAAAAAUCAGAACAAAAAAACAUCCAAAAUUUCCCGAUUGACGACCAAUCAUCAGACGAUGUUCCUCCUGACGCCAUUGAAACACUUUCCAUGUCGUUUUCCUGCAAUUUCAGUGAAGAAAACAGCGAUUUGGAAUCUUCAGGAUCGUUUUCUUCAGAUUUACAAACUCGUGAUUAUCUGAUGAAUCGGUUUUUACCUGCAGCAAAAUCUAUGAUUGUUGAAACCCCACAAUACGUUGCAAAAAAGCAAGAAGCUCCUGUUCUUGAGCCUCCGAAGUAUGUUAAGAAGGUUUAUAGUGGGGAACUCAGGCCUUUGUUGCUUGAAAAAUACCCGAUUACUUCAGUUUCACCUUAUAAUCAUGAAAUUGAUAAAGAAAUCAAUGUGAUUGAUGACACCAAGAAGAAAUCGAGCAAAAAGGGUUUUAGUUUUUUCCUUCCACGAAUCUGCACAAAACGAAAUUCCUGCCUCUCGAAUCCAACUCCGGGACCGAAAACAAAGACUCCGGAUUCGCCGGGUCCGAUUCCACGGCUCUCGCGAAGAACUUCUUACAGUGGACCGCUAACUCCGAGUAUCGAAAAGCAAGCAAUGGACGCAGUUAUUCGAAAAAGAGCCGAAACGCGAUCAAAAGAAGUCCCAGAAACCCGUAAAUCAAGUCCAUUAGCUCGGUCGGGCAACUCACUCCCAUCAUCUCCCUCCCGCGGCAUGUCUCGUAGCGGUCGGAUAUCUCCAUACCGCAAUGAAUCGCCUCGGUCUCCGUUCCACGAUGGGGCCCGCUUUCUCGGAGUUCCAAAAGACGUUCAAAAUCAUCAUAUAGUUAAUAAGCCUAAAACAUGCCCUUCAUUUAAUGUAAAAAGUAAUUUUCAUGAAAAUCCUCCGGUACCCGAGAAAACGUUGUACAUAGAUUGGAUUGGGAAACCAACAAAUGUAAUUCCCGAUGAUGAUAAGGUUGAGGGAAAUGGCGGCGUUGAUGAUUCCGAAGUUCCUCGUGUCCCUCCAUUGCCUAAAUCGCCAUCGGAAUCAUGGCUUUGGAAAAAGAUGAGUUUAAGGAGUCCGUUUCAUAAGAAGGUGGAACGGGGUUCGACUGAGAAGAGUGAUAAAAGUGGCCCAAAAUGGGAGACGAUUGUGAAAACUUCUAAUGUGCGGAAUGAUCAUGUUCGGUAUUCGGAGGAACGGCUUAAUAUUUCAAAGUACACAGAGAUAUCAUUUUAACAAAAUUGAUAUGAUUGUUAACACAUGAAGAAUGUGAGGCUGUUUUAUUUUUCUGAUGGCCCCUUUGGUGAGUCUACUUCAACAUUUUCGUCUUUUUUUUCUUUCUGUAGUUUUAGAGGUGAUCUUUUGUGGGUUGUGGAUUGGAUUAGUUGAUGAAUUUUGCAUCCAGAAGAUUUGUGAAUUGUGAUCAUGGUUUAUAUGUAUGAUGAACACAUUGUUCUCAUAGGGGUUUGAUUUGUAACAGAAAACUAUAGAGAUAUCGUUUGUGUUUAAAGGCAAUGAACGGAGUUUUUAAUUAAUAAUCUUUAUAUGUCAA